GUGGCGUUGGAGGCCUACGUGGAACUCCGCAACCAGUCGGGCCCCGAGUUGACCGCCCUGGCUGCGGCGGCGUGGGAUUUCGUCAAGGCCCUCAUGCCUUUCGUCUUCUUAAUAUUUGCGCAUCAGGAUUAUCAGAUAGCAGGCUCGGUGGAGCCUUACUUGACGCACUUUUUCCGCGAGGUCAAGGGCUUCGUGGCCGGCAGCGACGCGGAGGCCCAGCUGGGCGGCGCCGGCGGAGAGGGCCAGGCCACGCGGUCGGGCUCGACGAGAUGA